CUCAGACCCGCUUAGCCAGAAACCAAUUCCCGUCUCUGUAAUAAGCUUUCAAAGGGUUUAGCAAAACCUCCAAGAAUGGGCGGCACGUCGAGGUUCAUCUCCCUCUUCGCCACUCCAUUCCCCACUCUCCUCAAUCACCUCCGACGCCCUUCUUUGCUCCACCUUCGCCGUUUUCCCUCCGCUUCACGUCGCUUCACAGUCUACAGUCACGCCCAUAUAUCCCCUCUUUCGCCCAUCAAUUCCUCCCAACAACAACAACAAUUCCACGCGCAACCCAUUAAUAAUAGUAAUAACCCACUCAACUCCUCUUCGUCUUGUUUUAUCUCCCACCCUUGGCCUGAAUGGUGUAGCUUUAUUAGUGUUCUUACUGCCAAUGGCCAACUAGCUCCCGCAGUAGAAGACUCCUUCGUGGCGUACGAGGAGUUGUCCGAUGACUUCGUUCGUGCUGCCAGCGUCUGCUUAACUUUUGCUCGGGAACGCCCCGAUCUCAUAGGAUCGCUUUCAAGGAGGGAUAUUGAGAUCGUGGUAUCAAAUGGGACACCAUUUUUGUUCAAAGCUGCUCUUGAGACGGCAAGAAGAAUGAGGGCUUUCUUGGGUAUUGGCGGGAGCACGGUGCUCGACUGUGACAAUGCAAACACAAGUGAUCUCAUGAAGUACAUAUUAAGUUAUGCAAGUAAACCCACCGUUUCUUCAGAAAAUAACUCUCUCUAUGGCAGGGAACUUAUAGAAUCAUCUUGCCGGAAUCUUCUGCUUGAGUUGGUUGAAGUGAGCUGUGGAACUCCAGCAGUGAACCUGCCUUCUCCAGAGCAAUAUCAGUUUUCAGGUAGAUAUGGACAAACACCAAGGCCUAUUAGACAAAAUCUUGUAAUGAAGAGAGGCGACUGGAUAUGCCAAAGGUGCAAUUUCAUGAACUUUGCAAGAAACAACAAAUGCCUUGAAUGUGAGGAACCUAGACCAAGGAGACAGCUGACAGGCGGGGAGUGGGAAUGCCCUCAAUGUUAUUUCUUCAAUUACGGGAGAAAUGUGGUAUGCCUGAAAUGCGACUUCGGACGGCCAGCUGGGGUUUCACUUGGAACUACUCACUCCAGUUCAGCGACAGGGUUCAACGGGAACUCUGCGUAUGCAAAUGGUAUUGAUCCUAGGUUGGCUGAGAAUGAGGAGAAGGCACAGCGUUGGUUUUCUAAGGUUUCUCAGAUGAACAAUGCAUCUGAUAUCGAUAGUGCAGCGGCUGAUGAAGAUUUUCCUGAAAUAAUGCCAUUGAGGAAAGGAGAAAAUAAAUUUGUCGUGAGCACAAGGAAAACACCCUUGGAAAGGAGAUUGGCGAACUCCCAGUACAACAUGAACUUGGGUAACAAUGUUAUCCCAGAAGGUGAGACUUUGACUGGAGCUGCGAAUAAUAUCAUUGACACAUCAAUGAAGCAGAAUAUGGAUCAAACAUCUCGAACAAGUUAUUCGGGUAUUGCUGCUGAUGAAAACACUGAGUCAGCUAUUUAUCAUAGAGGAAAAAGUUCUAACCAUGUUCCAUUUGUGCCAUUACCAACAGACAUGUUUGAUAAAAAGAAUCAAACUUCAGUCAUGGACGAGAAAGUGAAUGAAAAAGCUGGUAUCUUUCACUCUCCUGAGACUAGUCACCAAACAAGCUCAGCAAGUGUCGGCAAUGACUUUGGAACGUCCGUGGAGAAGUUGGAGUCAAAUCGCCCAUUCAGCAAGGAUAAAGAGAGAGAACAAGCUGAGAAGUCAGCGAGCUGGUUCAAGAAAAUUGCGGAGCUACAUGAUGUCAAAGACUUACCUAGUGCCAUCUCUGAUGAUGACUUCCCGGAGAUUAUGCCAAUGCGUAAAGGAGAAAACAGAUUUGUAGUUAGCAAGAAGAAAGAUCGUUCUUUGACAUCUCCAAUGUACAAAAGACAAGUGGCCAUGGAGCAGGCAAACAAUAGUAGCUUUGUCCCAUUUGUUCCAUUCCCUCCUGGCUACUUUGCGAAAAAGGACACACAACAGGCAGAUAAUGCAGAUUCUUCCUCUGUGUCUAGGGUUGAAACUUCAUCUAUAUCCAGUUCCAAAACCUAUUCUGAGACGGCAGAUGUAGAGAAGACACAUCAAAAGUCAGAUGAUCCUGGAUAUAAGUUCACAGAUAUGAACACUGUACAAAGAACUGAUGAUCGAUUUACAAGCUCAAGGUUUGCAAGUUCAAAUUUCUCUGGAGAUCAGGGGUUCCCUCAUAUUGGAAAUAUAGGCGAGACUUCUCUUGCUUCCGAUGCUUCAAGCACUGAUAGUAGUGGCAGUAGAAACUCGGUGAAAGAUGAUGUAUCCCCUUCCGAGACUGGGGGAGUGGGUUCACCCCAGCUGCCUGGAAACCAGAAUAUCAGAAGUGGAUGGUCAGGAAAGAGCUUGGAGGGGUCUGCUGUGAAGGAACCAGAUCCCUUGGACAUGUCUGAAGAAGCCAAAGCUGAGAGGUGGUUCCGCCGUGUUGCUCAGAUAAAAGACAUUUCUGAAUUGAGUCAGAUACCAGAUGAAGACUUCCCAUCGAUAAUGCCAAUGCGCAAGGGGGUUAACAGGUUUGUGGUGAGUAAGCGGAAAACUCCUCUUGAGAGAAGGUUGACAUCUACUCAGUACAGGAGAAAUCUUCCUGUAGUAAGUUCUGAUCCCAUUAAAAGAGAAAGCGAUAAUAGUGAAAAAUGAACCAACACAGACACCGCGCCCAAGUUUCUGCAGGCAAAUUUUUGUUCAGUUGAUUUUUCUCAGAGCAUUCAAGCUAAGCAUCAGCAUGCACUUACUGUACGUGUAAUCAAUAAUAAUGAACUAAAAAUGUGUAACUUCGCACAGAUUUUAUUAUGGCUUAUUCAGUGUAACAAAUUGCAUAUAUGAAUGAAAGCCAACAGAUACUGGUUCGUAGGUGUAUCUCUAGUU